AUGGUUCGUAAUGCUAAUGACGCUUAUUUAGAGUUAGCAAUAGGCAAUGCUCCUUGGCCAUUGGGUGUCACUAAUCACGGUAUACAUUCGCGAACUGCACAGGAGAAAAUUCACGCCAAAAAUGUUGCGCAUGUACUGAAUGACGAAGUACAACGGAAAUUCAUUCAGGCUAUAAAACGUCUCAUGACGAAAGCACAAAUAUUUUUCCCGGCUGAACCUUCCAAGUGCGUUAAUUUUAUGAUAUAA